AUGAGGGUAGCAUUCUCGAUGUUUGACAAGGAUGGUGAUGGUCUGAUCAGUCUGCAGGAGGUACACGACACCAUGGCCUCUCUGGGCAUCAGAGUGUCAGCCAAAGAUGUAAAACAAAUCGUAAAGAGGGUUGAUUUAGACGGUCGGUUGGUUGUAUGUGAGUUGAGUGAUUGGACGGCCAACAAACUGAAUGAAUCGGUGCUGCAGGAACUGGCUGACGCCUUUCAAGUCUUUGAUAAAGAUAAGGAUGGUUUUCUGAGCGCAGAUGAUUUGAGAUGCACCAUGCAACAGCUCGGUCUGACCUUGACGGAGGAGGACCUCAAAGCCAUGAUGACGUCAGCCAAGAUUGGUCCCAGUGGAAGGAUUUCAUUUGCAGGUAAGUACGGAAGCACUCGUGUGCAAUCUAUAAUAUAA